UGUACAUUUGUGUUACUGCUGUUUAAAUUCAGUGGCUGUCAUUGGCUCUCAAGGAUUGUAUUUUUUUAUCUCAGGCUACAUUAUUUCCUUGCGAUCCCGCCGGCACACGCCGGGCAACUUUCGACCCCACUCUACCGCUUGAUGUUCCUAUCCCGUUCGUUGCUUACUUCUGCUCCUUUCUUGUAUUUGCGAUUGAUACAAUAAUUAUUUCUAAUAGAGGCCCCAAAAAAUAUUUUUGCUCUCUUUAAACCUUUACAAAAAUGGCAAAGGGCAAAGGAAUCAGCGUCGUCGAAGCGUACCUGGUGGCAUACAACGCAGCCUCGUUCGUCGGAUGGGCCUACGUUUUGGUAAAAACGCUCUUAUAUCUCUCGGUCCACGGGACAAACCUUGACGGUCUGUUUGACAGCAUUGGCAACGCGCUCAUCAUUGUGCAGACUGGCGCAGCCCUGGAGAUUGUCCACUCGCUGGUCGGCUUUGUGCGCUCCAGCGCCAUGACAGCCACGUUGCAGGUGUACUCGCGCUUGAACCUGGUAUGGGGAAUCCUGUACAUGUUUGACUACCCUGAGGUUCGCGCAUCUUACGGCCUGGUUCUGAUGGUCCUAGCCUGGUGCAUCACCGAGUGCGUCCGGUACAGCCAUUAUGCGCUUUCUCUGUUCGACAUCGAGGUAUACACCCUGCUUUAUCUGCGCUACACCAUGUUCUACGUGCUGUAUCCGGCCGGAGUCACCGGCGAGCUGCUCGAGAUUUGGGCGGCGCUUCCACAUGCUGCGGCCAUUAGCUCAUGGUUCUGGGUGUUCCUUGUUGUCAACAUUGUCAACUAUCCGCCGGUGCUAUACAAGUUGUAUACGCAUAUGAUUCGCCAGCGCAGAAAGAUCCUCGGUGGCGGCGCAGACAGCAACAAGAUUAAGGCAGCCAAAUCCGUCGACCCGGUCGUUUCCAAGAAGAAGAGGCUUUAAUGCCUGUGACUUUUUAAUUUAUCUUAUUACCGACAUUGCUCUCUUUUGUGUAAAAAGUUUACAAAAUAGACAAAACUUCAUUAUUCACCAGACGCAACCCCCAAAAAGGGGGAGGGGAGAUCACUUAGGCGCAUUGUUCAUAAAUGCGCCUAAAAUUGUAUUUAUUAUUCUUUGGACCAGCGUUGAAUAAGGAAUGAACAGUUUUAGUUUCUCUCGUUUCCUCGUCUUUAUAUUUCAUGAUUUUUUAAUUUGCAUUUCUCAUUUCUCAUUUUAUUUUGUAUUCCUAUGUUCCAAGCAGCCCAGUUUUACUCGCCCGAAGACCAGCUCAGGGAGGAGCAAGCCCGGCUGAUGCGGCCAAGUAACACAGACGCCGAAGCCGCAGCCGCAGCCGC